CUGUUUCCCCUUAAGUACAUAAACCAAUGACUCAUAGGCGCUUUUUGAUUCUCAGACAGAGGGAGAGAGGAUUCAAAGUUGUGACACCGACAAGCUUUCAUUAAGAAACUUUUUUCGCAUCUUGUUUUCUUCACCCCAGAUCGUCCCCGGCCGCUCUCAGACGGGACCUUUAAACUAUGGGACUAAUGGAUUCCUUUUGGGUCUUCACUUUAUUUACAGCUUCAGGUUUUUCAGACUUCCUCCAGGCUUCCGAUAAAAACUUCAUGAUUUCAAACAAAUAUUUGGGGAGUAACCUUUGCCGGUUCUGUGACAUCGAGCCCACCUCUUGCACCAACAGCGGUGUCUGCAUUGUUAACUGCAGCAUUAACUCCAUCUGUGAGAAUAAGGAAGAAGUGUGCGUCUCGAUCUGGAGAAAGCAAGAUGCCAAUGUAACCAUAGAAACACUGUGCCAUCAUCCGGCAACUCCUCUGUACGGACACCUGCUGGAUGACUACAAUAAUACACAAUGCAAGAUGAAAGAAAAAAAGGUUCCAGGCUCCGUGUUCUAUAUGUGCUCAUGCUCGACAGAAGACGAAUGCAACAAAGAUCUGAUAUUUACUGACAAUGUUGAUACUAGACGGGACAACAGGCAAGAGAUAUUGGAGGUUGUCCUCGUCACUCUUGUCCCACUACUUAUCAUCGCUAUCGUGGUGAUCCCUACCUUCUAUUGGUAUCGGGUCCAGAGACGGAGGAAGCUAAACAAAGAGUGGGCAAAGGAUCAAAAGGUCAGGAAGCCAGGUCGUCGGCGCCGGCCUCCAAAUGAACGCAGUGAGGGCAGCGCCAUGCACCUCGACGAUGACCAAUCUGACAUCAGCUCCACCUGUGCCAACAACAUCAACCACAAUACUGAGCUGCUGCCCCUGGAGCUUGAUACAGUGGUGGGCAAGGGGCGCUUCGCCGAGGUUUACAAAGCCAAACUGAGGCAGAGUACCUCAGAGCAGUUCGAGACAGUGGCAGCAAAGAUCUUCCACUUUGACGAAUACAUGUCGUGGAAGAACGAGAAGGAAAUCUUCUCUGACGUCAACCUGAAGCAUGAAAAUGUGCUGCAGUUCCUGACAGCAGAGGAACGUGAGACAGAAAUGGGCAAGCAGUACUGGCUGAUCACGGCCUAUCACCCCCAAGGCAACCUGCAAGACUACCUUAUGAGGCAUGUUGUGAACUGGGAGGACCUGUGCCUGCUGGGAGGAUCACUGGCCAGAGGGAUUGCGCACUUACAUAGUGAAUACACCCCAUGCGGCAGGCCAAAGAUUCCUAUUGCCCACAGGGACCUGAAAAGCUCCAACAUUCUGGUGAAAAAUGACCUGACAUGUUGUUUGUGUGACUUUGGAUUAUCCUUAAGGUUGGAAUCAUCUCUGUCUGUGGAUGAUUUAGCGAACAGUGGGCAGGUUGGUACAGCCAGGUAUAUGGCGCCUGAGGUGCUGGAGUCUCGGAUCAACUUGGAGGACAUUGAGGCAUUUAAACAGACUGAUGUAUAUUCGAUGGCACUAGUUCUGUGGGAGAUAGCAUCACGAUGUACAGCCGUUGGUGAAGUGAAAGACUAUGAGCCUGCCUUUGGUUCCAAGGUCCGGGAGCAUCCCUGUGUAGAAAGCAUGAAGGAUGUUGUCCUGAGAGAUCGGGGAAGGCCUGAGAUCCCCAACAGCUGGCUUAAUCACCAGCUUGUGCAGCAGCUCUGUGAAAUCAUUGUGGAAUGCUGGGACCACGAUCCAGAAGCACGUCUCACCGCACAGUGUGUAGUGGAACGCUUCAAUGAUCUGGAGCAGAUGGACAAGCUCUCUGGCCGGAGCUGCUCUGAGGAGAAGAUUUCGGAAGAUUGCUCUGUCAGUGAGACCAAACAGAGCCUGAGGGUAGUCACUGUGGCAUAAAGAGUGGCUAGUGGACAACAAAGAAGAAUUUGUGGUCAGAUGCGGGCAGUUUGGCGGAAAUCUAGCUUCACUCCCACAGAAGAAACUCUCAUAUCACUUAACAAAGGAUGGGCCAUUCUUCAUGUAAGGAGUGGAGUUCUGGGAACUCAAAAGAAGAGUGGGAUAUAGUUUUGUUAUAGGAUUGCAAUUCUGACCAACUGCUCAGGAAACCAAAGAUUCCAUCGUGUAACCUUUAUCCUUGCACUUUAUUGGUAUAUAUAAGUAUAUAUAUACUUCAAGGAAUUUUCAAUGUUUCUUAUCUCUAUUCAAAGGGUAUUCAUAGGAACAAAGGUGCCUCUUUGAUGACAUUAAGGAAUUGUAUGCAGCAACAAACCGCUUAAAAAUCCACCAGCACCCCCCUCCCCAACCCCUCAAAUGUAUGUUUUUAUUCAUUUAUUCACUUGCCUGGUAUAAUAUAGGAACAAAUUCACCUUGUGUGCUCUUGGAGUGUUCCGCUGUCAUUGUGAAAUAAGUAAAAAAACAUGGUGGACUACAUUGAAAGAUUGAAGGCAAACAGUUGCAUGGGUUCAAGUGAGAAAUUAAGAUUGGGCAGAAGUGGAGGGAGCUUCAGGAACCAGGUCUGGGCCUGCCCAGUUAAAGCUAGAGACUGAUGCCUGUUGUUGAUCUAAUGGACACCACUGCCCUCCCUCAGGGGUGUGAAACUGUGCCAAUCUAAUGGACACCACUGCCCUCCCUCAGGGGUGUGAAACUGUGCCAAUGUAAAGUAAAACCAGAUCUGUUCAUUUCAUUGGAAAAGUGGGUUCUGCUGAUUUGCUGGUCUGAUAGUGUACUAGGGAUAAUUGAUUUACGGAAGUGACAGGGAAAUUAUCAUUCAGAUGAUAGUGGUGGCAGGAGUACGUUGGUUGGCCUGUAUGCAAACAUAACCUGAAACAUUUAGUCAGUAGGUCUACAGAUCUGGAGCCUGUGAAGUGGUCAUUGGGCAGAUCUCAGGCAGGAAACUUUGGACUUAACACUUUGUCUGUCUGAAAUCCACAUUAUCUGCAUCCUAACCAAUUAAAAUCAUCAGUGUACAGACUACUAGUAGCUUCUGGGUCACUUCAGAGGGCAGUGAAGCAUCAGCCACAUUAGUACAUUAGUGUGGAACUGGAGUCAUGUGUUGGGCCAGACUGGGUAAGGAUGGCAGAUUUUCUUCCUUAAAGGACAUUAGUUGUUUAUUUAUGACAAUCUGAGAGCUUCAUGGCCCUUGUUACUGCCCAAUUCACACCAACAAUACUCAGUAUAGUGGCUCACAGAUAAAAUAGGCAAUUAUGGGAGGAUCAGGACUACUGCUGGUGGCCAUGGAGCUACAUCAGAGCAUUCAGCAAUUAUAGCAGGGAGGAGAGGGCAUGGUGGUGCAGAUGAAAAAGCUAACAAUUCUGCCUAAUAUGCAUUCAUAUACACACAGCCUUUGUCUUUUGCAUUUGGCCUGAUGAGGACUCUGUUGACAGGCCAGUCGCCACGCAGAUUUUUAAAUUCAGGGCAUUGGGUGCACCCUGUUUUGAGAGUAUCUGAGGAAAGGUCUGACUGGGGUGCGAUGGUUCAUCUGAAUUCUUUCUGAUCUGUACCAAAGUCUGCAUUAGUCCUGAUUUCUUGCAAGAUAGGAUGUGGUUUGCAUAAUGAUAUUAGCUAUAGUCAGUCAUACCUCCAAGACAGGAAACAUUUUUCAGCUAGUAUAAAUAAAAUGUUGUGUAGCCCAAGUUUCUCACAUACAGUAAUUCUGUUUGAGCAAACAGUAGGCGUAACUUGGAAUCUACUUGUAAAUUGCUGAGGUAAGCAAUGAGAGCAUUGACUCCAAUUUGUCAUCUUUAUGUUCCGGAUGUCUGACUUUAACCCAACUCACUAAAGUACAGUCCCCCAGAGUCAGGCUGAUGGCCACUUCUAAACCAAAGACACUCAGGCCUGGAUUUUCACUACUGGGUCGGGAGCACAGAGUCGUCCUGUUUCCUGGCUCCACAAACCUGACACGGGCGAAAGUGCCCCAGAAGCUGGGAUUUUUGUUCCAGGAUGGCAGGGUUCUCUGGGAGUCCAGCCUACCACUGUGGAACUAAUGCAGAGAUGGAGUGUGCAGAAGGCUCUGUGCCCUGGCACUGUCCAAGAUUUUUUUUUUAAAUGAACAAAAACGUCCCUCCAGCCCUCAUCCCUCAGCCCCCCUUCAACCCCCACACGCUGCCCAUGCCCCAUCCAUGCCAUUGCAUGCCACCUCAUGCCCUCUACCCACCCCCAUGGUCCCUCAUACCCUCCAGGCCAACCCAUGCCCCUACACAUUCACUCAUAACCACUCAUACCACCCAUGCCAACUUAUGCCCCUCUACCCACCCCAUGUGUAUUUAUAGUCCCUAUGCCAACUUAGUGCUAACUCUAGCCUAGCCAUGGCCCCACCCAGCACCCUUUGCCCUUACAUCUAACUUGCCAACUCACUCCACCAUGAGCAGAAGUCAAAACCCAUGCUGAGAUUAAAUGCAAUAAAUUUCCCUGUAUAUUGAUGAAUUCACUAUUAAAAAACAAACAUUCCAUUCAAGUGUUUCACCCCUUAUAAAAACAAACAUUGGAAUUCAUAGUCCUACUUCAAAGAGUCUAUAGCCCCUUGCAGCUGCCAAUCAAACUGUGAAAUGGAAGGCACCCUACUGUGAAAAUGGAAGAUUGCGAAAUCAGUCAUGCAGCACUAAUCAAGUACUGGUAGCCUUGAGGCUUAUGUCAAGAGACAGAGUGAAACAGAAAAAAAAUGAUUCUUUUAAACACUCCAGAAUUUUUUUCAAAGAUUUAAAGGACAGGAAUUUUAAAUUCCUUGACAGCUUGACAAUCUAUUUUGACACAUUUGACAACUGCCUUUGAGAGUUCAUUUUGGCACUUUUGACAGUUGCUUCUGACAGUUCAUUUUGACACAUCUAACAUUUCAAUGAGCUAGACGGUUAAUGGGUUUUUGCACAUUUUACACACAUUCAUGCCUAAUUUUAACAAUCCCAAGGGGCAUAUACCUGUCUCAAGGGCCACAUGACCUUCCCAAAGGGCAUCUGACCUCGCUCAGAGGUAACCCUGGACCAUAUCCAAAAGGGAUACCAUAUCUCUCCAAAAGGGCUCCCCGCCUCACACCUGCCAAGUCUAACUGUGCUCACCGUGCUUCACACACUUGGCUCACCAAAAUCACACUUGAGUGGAGGCACCUGCUGAUUUAAAUGGGCAUCUGCCUCCACGUAACAUGCAUGCGUAAAUCCCGUCCCGGGCCCAUUUCUGCCCCUACGAAAAUCCAGGCCUCAAUGCCUAUGUAUUAGCCCCUGCUCUCUUUGUUGUAAUGGUGCUCUGAUAUGAAUCAAUAUAGGCAAUCACUGCAGAUUUGAUAACAGUUCUCAUAACCAAUCCAGUCAAAGCAUUAGUUAGUGGUGAAACCAGUGUGCUUAAAAGGACAAAGCCACCUCCACUAAUUAUUCAUAAGUUUCAAGGAGGAAUUGUGAUUGGCUCCAAAGGUCAGGUGGUGCCACUAGUUUUGGAACCAAUUAGCUUCAACCCACAAAAUAAUUAUCCUUGGCAUUUUCCUCUCAAUUGGCACAGUGCGCAAACAAUAUGUCAUUGUUAAGACACAGAGGAAAAUGUCGUGCUACUCUAACACCAAAUCAACUGCAGGAAUGACAUUCUCAGAUCAUACUGUGUUGUGCCAAAACCAUAUCUUACAUUAAGAUUAGGAAUGAAAUUGAGACUAAAAGGCUAAAUUUUGAGGACAGGUUGCAUUGACUCGACUUAUAUUCAUUUGAGUAUAAAAAAAAUCAUGAGGUGACGUGAUUGGGGUGUUUAGCCUGAUUAAAAGAUUUGAUAGGGUAGAUAGAGAGAAACUAUUUCCUCUGGAUAAGGGUCUCAAACAGGGGGGCAUCCCUUAAAAUUAGAGCUGCACCAUUCAGGAAGCAUUUCUUCACACAAAGGGUAGUGGAAAUCAGUAAUUCUCUCUUCUCCAAAAAGCUGUUCGAAGUUAGGUCGAUUGAAAACUUUAAUAGUUGGCUUUUUAUUGGGCAAUAGUAUUAAGGAACCUAGAAUGAAGACUGGUGAAUGGAGUUAAGAUUCAAGUCAGCUGUGCCUAACAAACUGAUGGAACAGGCUUGAAGGGCUAAAUGACCCAUUAUUUUGUUCCUAUGGCUCCAUAAAGAAUUUGAUUAAACAAGAUUACCUAACCCAUUGUCUGGGGAUUUGCGCACCCUAUUAACAUAUUAAUGUUGCUUGGAACUGAAAUAUUAUAUUGCAAGUUCUUCACUGCAGACUGUGAUUUUUUUUUAAGAAUAUUGCAAAAUUUAAGCUGCACACACAUAAAACUGACUAUAUAAACUGGCUCCGUUAUAUUAAUUGGUUUUGUGGGGCUUGGAGAUUAAUCAAGGUUCAGGACUAUAAGCUGCUUGAAUGUAUUUUUAUGAAAUUGUCACUAUAUAUAAUCCUCAUUUUUAUAUCUUUUUGUAAAUGCUGGAGUGCUCAACUUAUAUUAAGUGGCUACAUAAUUGUUUUAAUACAAGUAAUUGACAUUUAUGCAAAAAAGAUGUAAGGUGAUUUUUUUUUCAUAGGAUUAAUGUGUCUGACAGUCUUUCGAAAGCUUUUAUAUUGAGAUGAUGUUAAAGGGACUUUCAGGCAAUCUCAGGACAAGAGUCAUUGGUGAGAGUCAUUAAAUGGCACACUCUCCAUAUAUUGCUUGAUAUAUUGUACAAUUUUUUAAAUGUCUGAUGUUUUCCAUAUAGGAUACUUACCAAAAUUUUCAUUGGUACAAGUGUCACAUGAAUUGAAUCCUUAAGAAUCCAACCACCUCAAAAGUGAAACAGGAAUGGAGUGAACAAAUAUGCACAACAAUUUUUUACUUAUUUUUGUUUUGGAAUACACACAUUGACAAUUACUUGGGCGCAGUAACUUAAUUUAUCUAACAAAAUCCGUGUUUUUCCACUUUUGAGCUUCAGUUUUGUGCAUGAGCCAAUAUGAAACCUUUUACCGAUUAACUUUGCCCCAUCAACCUUGGGUCAUCCAACAAAAGGAAGAAAGUAAUUUUUAAGACUCCUUUUCUCAAAUAGGAACUCUGUUCAGAAUAAAAUCCCAUCUUGCUGUAUUUAUUUACAAAAAAUAGCUCACUAAUAGUUUUUGGCUGUUGUAAUAAAUACAAACUAUUUUGUGACAAAUGUUACAAAAUCUAUGACUUGGGACUUCAGUCCAUUAAAUAGGAAUGAAUGUAAAUUGGUGCACAGCAGGGAAAUAGAAAACUUUAUCUGAAUGAUUAACAAUAUAUUUUACACCGUUUAAAGCAAUAUCCAAUCUUAUAUGUACGUGUGUAAACGCACACACAUAAUAAUUAUCUUUGCAAUGUAAAGAGAGUAUUGUAUAUAUUAAAAAGAAACUAUUAAACAUAUUAUUUGCAUCUCAUUGUAUAAAUAAAGAAAAGUUCUAAAUUC